AUGGCCAGAUAUAGUUUACUAUUUGAUCAAAAGUCAUGCAGGGCCAAACUUUUGUUCAUUUUCGCGCCAAUUUUCUCCGUGAUUUCUGAGAUUGAAUCAAAAUCAAUCAUCUGUGAAAUUUCAAUCAACACCUUUGUAUACGUUAAUGACUGCCCAAGAUCACUGGAGGAAUGGACAAAAGCAUCCGAUAUAAAACAGUGCUACAAUGUUCCUCAAAACUGUACAUCCUCAGAACAAUUCCGGUAUCACUGUCUUUUGGAUCCAAGUAACCAAAGACUGUUUGAAAUAUGUGCCACGGAAAGAAUAAUGACAGGUCAGUUCUGUCCAAAGUUCAAUAUCCACGGUUUCCGGCUUGAAAAUAAUUAUGCACGCCCAUGUGUGAAUAGCACACCGUCAUGUCCAUAUCACUACAGUUCUACAGACGUCUACAAAUAUAAAAAUUGUUACCAGCAAGAGUCCACUAGCAAUGAGAAUUCACAUGGUAUCACCACAGUGAGCAUACUCAGAGGCAAUACUUCUAAGAAAUCAAAAGGAAUGCAUGAUGAACCAAAGCCACCAUUUCCAGUUUAUGCAAUAAUUAUCAUACCCUGUGUAUGUGUGGCUACAUUAAUCAUCAUUCUUAUUUUUGUGAUUAAAUGCCUGGUAAAGAAGAGGCGUAAAGGUUCACCGAGGAACAUUCAUGAACAAGAAGCAUUAAAUCCAUGAAUUCCACAGUUGGAAAAAAUGAAAAGAAAAUACUUAUAUGAGAGGACAACUAU